UGGACUGGACCACUCUUUUUCAGUUCUUACUGCUGCUUAUGACAACCUUGAUCUCUAAAAAUCAAGCAGUCAACUGGGAUAAUUUGAAAAACUGCCUGGCUGAUAAAGAGUAUGAUAAGCUUUUAGAUAUUGCAAAAAAUGGACUGAAAAAGACUUCGAACCCCAAGAACAUUGUGAUUGUUGGGGCAGGAAUUAGCGGACUCACUGCUGCUAAGUUACUCAAAGAUGCUGGGCAUGAGGUUCAGAUUCUGGAAGCCAGUGAUCGUGUGGGUGGUCGGAUAAAGACUGUCCGAGAAGAAGGCUGGUAUGUGGAUGUGGGACCUAUGCGUGUGCCCAAUGACCACAAAAUUGUUCACGAAUAUGUUAAGAAAUUCAAUCUUACAUUAAACCCAUUUAUUGAGACUGGUAACAACACCUGGUAUCUGAUUAGAAACAUAAGGCAAAAAAGGUUUAGAAAUGAGAAUGAAUACUCUGAAAUCUUUGGAUAUCAGGUGAAUCCCAGUGAGAGAGGAAAGUCCCCCACCCAACUCUUUGAGGAAAUACUGGAUAAGGUUUCUGAGCAUCUAGCAACGAACUGCACACUUUUGCAGGACAAAUAUGACACAUAUUCCCUCAAGGAAUACCUAUUUAAAGAAGGAAAUCUGAGCAGAGGUGCAGUUGAUAUGAUUGGUGACUUAUUGGGUCUAGAUGCUGGCUUCCAUACAUCAUUUUUUAGUUCUCUCUUGGUAUUCAACACAAUACUACAUAAGAGUUUUGAGGAAAUCAAAGGUGGGUUUGACCAGCUCCCCAUGAAGUUUUACAACGAACUGUUCUGGCUAGUCCGUUAUAACAGUGAAGUAAAGAAGAUUAUUCAAACUAAAAAGAAAGUACAGGUUUAUUUCCAAAAGUCAGAGCCUUCCGUCUUGUCAUCUCUGACUGCUGACUACGUCCUCAUCACAGCUACUGCAAAAGCCACACAGCUCAUCAAAUUCUAUCCUCCUCUUUCUCCUGAGAAGACCCGUGCUCUGCGUUCCUUUCAUUAUAUGAGUGCCACUAAAAUUGCUUUGGUUUGCACUGACAAAUUUUGGGAGAAAGAUGGGAUCAAAGGUGGGAAGUCCAUCACAGAUAAGCCAGCUCGAACCAUCUACUACCCAAAUCAUGACUUCCCUGACGGGCUAGGGGUACUCUUGGUUUCUUACACCCACCAUGAUGAUGCCGAUGUUUUUGUUCCCCUCAGUGAUAAAAAGUGUGUUGAUGUGGUCAUGGAUGACUUAGCAGAAGUCCACCAUGUGCCCAAAGAGUAUCUCCAAUUAGUUUGCACAAAGCAUGUGGUACAUCGAUGGCCUCUAGAUGAGUUUUCAUUGGGGGCAUUAGCUUACCCUACUUCAUACCAGUCUAGCCACUUUUUCAAAAAUUUGUCUGAAACUGAAGGGAGGAUCUACUUCGCAGGAGAACACACAGCUCAUCCUCAUGGCUGGAUUGAAACAGCAAUGAAAUCUGCUAUUAGAGCAGCAGGAUGUAUUCACAACAGAGGCAACUGAGUAUUGUUGCUACAGUCACAAUAGCAUGCCUUGGUGCUAACUGUCAUGAAAAUAGAGUUUAAGGAAGAUCGGUGCGUGGGUGGGUGGGAAGGAGAGAAGGAGGCAGGAAAAAGUUUGUAUAUGGGGGUUGCCAGGACAAAGGAAAUAAGGGUUGCUAAACUUCUGGUUUUGAACUUCCUGGAGAUUAUGGGGCACAGUCUGGAGAGGGCAGGUUUGAGGAGGGGAGAGACCUCAGCAGGAUAUAAUGACAGUCCAACCUCAAAGUAGCUGUUUUCUCCAGGGGGACUGAUCUCUGUCAUCUGGAGCACAAUUGUAAUUCCAGGAAACCUCUGGGUCCUACCUGGAGGUUGGCAACAGAUGAAAUAGUGCAGGGAAGGGGUAUAGGAGAAAACAAGGUGCCCCAGAAAGUCCUUGCAAGUUCUGUUGCAAAUAGGCUUAUCCUGGCAUCUGGCCCUGCACAACUGGGCCAUAAAUUUCCUGGAUAAAAGCUGCUGGGGUAUAGGAGGAGGAGGGGAGGAAGGAGGUACAAGAGGAGAAAAAGAGGAGGGGGGAGGAGGGAAAUCUGAAGACGGGAGGGCAGAUAAAAAUGUACUGGCUGGUGGGUGGGAAGGGGAGAAAUAAGCAGGAAAGGGGACAGGGUAUGGGGGGGGUGCCAGGGAAGGGAAAGAGGAAACAGUGGGGGAGGGGGAAAUGAGAUUCCCCCCCUGCAAGUCCUUGAAGGUUCUCUGCUUGAUAGACCCAUUAACUACUUUAUUGGCAUAGGCUCUCAACCUGCUACAUGAUAGUGAAUGCUCUCUAACUUUAGUAAUACAUGGAAAGAGAAAUACAAAUUCCUAAUUUUUUAAAGCUAGUGAGCAAUCAAAUCUCCUUCCUUCUCAACUUUGCUGAACAAAUUUUGUACGAGGAAGUUCCAUUUUGACUUUUAUAAAUACAUAGUUCCAGGUGGUGGUGGGUAGAAUGUAUACAGCCAAGAUUCUCCUUCUCAGAACAUUUAUGACACUGAUGGACAGCAAUAGUGAUAUUACUUAAAAUAAAAAUUUAGA